AUGACGAGCUCUGGUGUUUUAAGUGUUAUUACAGACAGAGUGACAGUAUCGGUGACGGAGGGAGAUUCCGUUACUCUGUACACUAAUGUUACUACAACACAACAAGAAGAGAUUUUAUGGUAUUUCAAUGAUACCUGUAUCGCUGCAAUCACCGGAGAUCUCAGUUAUAUCUGUACAGAUGUUCAGUGUAAUGAAGGUACUGAGAGAUUCAGAGACAGACUGAAACUAGAGAAGCAAACCGGAUCUCUUACCAUCAUGAACAUCAACACUACAGACCCUGGGGUCUAUCAACUGAAGAUCUUCAGGAGAAGCAACAUAAGUGAAAAGACCUUAAUUGUUACUGUUCUUGUGAAGAAAAUAUCAGUGAAGGACGGAGAAUCUGUCACUUUUGAUCCUGGUGUCAUGAAAACCACUAAUUAUGUGAUGAGGUGGUAUUUUAAUGAGACUCUCAUCACUGAAAUCACUGGAGAUCAGAGUAACGUCUGUACAGAUGUUCAGUGUAAAGAAAGAUUCAGAGACAGACUGAAGCUGGAUCAGACUGGAUCUCUGAUUCAGACCCCACAUCACGAGACAGUGAUCAGUCGGGUCAUUUACAAGACUCUAUCUGAACCUAUGUUGAUGGAAAAUGUGGGACAGGGUGACGUCCCCUGA